AGGGUUAGGGAGCCCUAGACUGGCUGUUUCCUCCCGCCAAUGCCCAUGUUGAGGGUCUUGGCGGCUUUUGUGAUAAGAAUCCGAGGGAGAGAAGGAGGCUUUGCCUAGGAGGCUGCGCGUUGGAGCAGGAAGGGGCGGCUUGCGGUGGCCUGCCAGUGGUGGCCUUUGGGAGGUCUUCGUGGAUGAGAAGCUGCGUCUGAAUCCUGUCGCUUGUGAAUGCCGGUUCCGUGCCUUGUGGUUCCGACUCCACGACUCCGACUCCACAGCCCUGCUCUCAACACCCCCCUUCAGUUCUCAAGCAUUGGGACCACUGAAUCUUUCAGGAGGUGUCUUCCCCCCCCCCCCAUCUUGAGGCCGGUUAUCUUUGAAGGUGUGGCUGUUUGUCUCGCCGAGAGGGAAAGGGUCCUCCCUGCCAGAUCUGGACUAAAGAGCCCUCUGCUUUGGAAUCAUGCUGGAGACUGACGGGAACGAGUCCACGCUGGCAGAUGUCUCAGAGUUCACGGGUGAGGGGGAACCAUCAGAAGUGUCACCAGGAGUUAAGGAGCAGAAAGAGGAACGGAAAGAGCAGAAUGGAGCAAAGAGACAAGAGGGGAUACAAACACAGAAUCCGGGGUGUGAAUCCAGUGGGGGGGAAACGUAUACAUCCCCUGAGGGUGGAGAAAGUUUCAGCCAUAGAUAUAGUCUGACAAAACAACAGAAGAGACACACAGAAGAGAACCCUUGUAAAUGCCUGGAGUGUGGAAAGAGCUUCAGUCAGAGAGGUUCCCUUGAGAUACAUCAAAGAACUCAUACAGGGGACAAACCUUACAAAUGCCUGGAGUGUGGAAAGAGCUUUGGUCGCAGUACCACCCUUACUUUGCAUCAAAGAACUCAUACAGGGGCCAAACCUUUUAAAUGCUUGGAGUGCGGACAGAGCUUCAGUCACAAAGGCAACCUUACUUCUCAUCAAAGAACUCAUACAGGGGACAAACCUUACAAAUGCCUGGAGUGUAGAAAGAGCUUUGGUUGCAGUACCACCCUUACUUUGCAUCAAAGAAUUCAUACAGGGGUCAAACCUUUUAAAUGCCUGGAGUGUGGAAAGAGCUUCAGUCAGAGAGGUUCCCUUGAGAUACAUCAAAGAACUCAUACAGGGGACAAACCUUAUACAUGUUUGGAGUGUGGAAAGAGCUUCAGUCAGAGAGGUUCCCUUAAGAUACAUCAAAGUACUCAUACAGGGGACAAACCUUACAAAUGCCUGGAGUGUGGAAAGAGCUUCGGUCACAGUACCACCCUUACUUCUCAUCAAAGAACUCAUACAGGGGCCAAACCUUUUAAAUGCUUGGAGUGUGGACAGAGCUUCAGUCUCAAAGGCAACCUUACUUCUCAUCAAAGAACCCAUACAGGGCACAAACCUUAUACAUGUUUGGAGUGUGGAAAUAGCUUCAGUCAGAGAGGUUCCCUUGAGAUACAUCAACGAACUCAUACAGGGGACAAACCUUACAAAUGCCUGGAGUGUGGAAAGAGCUUCGGUCACAGUAGCACCCUUACUUUGCAUCAAAGAACUCAUACAGGGGACAAACCUUUUAAAUGCUUGGAGUGUGGAAAGAGCUUCAGUAGGAAAGGCAACCUUACGAUGCAUCAAAGAACUCAUACAGGGGACAAACCUUAUACAUGUUUGGAGUGUGGAAAGAGCUUCAGUCAGAGUGGUUCCCUCAAGAUACAUCAAAGAACUCAUACAGGGGACAAACCUUAUGUAUGUUUGGAGUGUGGAAAAAUCUUCAGACGUAAUCACCACCUUGCAACGCAUCAAAGAACUCACACAGGGGACAAACCUUAUAAAUGCUUGGAGUGUGGAAAGAGCUUCAGUCAGAAUAGCCAACUUCAGAUACAUCGAAGGUUCCAUACAGGUGACAAACCUUAUAAGUGCCUUGAGUGUGGAAAGAGCUUCAGUGACCAUGGCAACCUGACUAAACAUCAAAGAACUCAUACGGGGGACAAACCUUAUAAAUGCUUUGAGUGUGGAAAGAGCUUCAGUCACAAAGGCAACCUUACUUCUCAUCAAAGAACUCAUACAGGGAACAAGCCUUAUAAAUGCUUGGAGUGUGGAAAGAAGUUCAGUCACAGUUACUCCCUUACUUACCAUCAAAGAACUCAUACAGGGGACAAACCUUAUAAAUGCUUGGAGUGUGGAAAGAGCUUCAAUAACAGUAGCUCCCUUACUUCUCAUCAAAGAACUCAUACAGGGAACAAGCCUUAUAAAUGCUUGGAGUGUGGAAAGAGCUUCAGUCAGAGUAGCUCCCUUACGUACCAUCAAAGAACUCAUACAGGGGACAAACCUUAUAAAUGCUUGGAGUGUGAAAAGAGCUUCAGUCAGAGUAGCUCCCUUGCUGUACAUCAAAGAACUCAUACAGGGGACAAACCUUAUAAAUGCCCGGAGUGUGGAAACAGCUUCAGUCAGAGUAGCCAGCUUUCUAUACAUCAAAGAACUCAUACAGGGGACAAACCUUAUAAAUGCUUGGAGUGUGCAAAGAGCUUCACUCGUCGUCACCAUCUUACUUCACAUCAAAGAACUCAUACAGGGAACAAACCAUAUAAAUGCUUGGAGUGUGGAAAGAGCUUCCGUGACAGUAGCGCCCUUACUACACAUCAAAGAACUCAUACAGGGGACAAACCAUAUAAAUGCUUGGAGUGUGGAAAGAGCUUCCGUGACAGUAGCGCCCUUACUACACAUCAAAGAAUUCAUACAGGGGACAAACCUUAUAAAUGUUUGGAGUGUGGAAAUAGCUUCAGUCGGGGUAGCUCCCUUAAUACACAUCAAAGAAUUCAUACAGGGGACAAACCAUAUCAAUGCUUGAAGUGUACAAAGAGCUUCACUCGUCGUCACCAUCUUACUUCACAUCAAAGAACUCAUACAGGGCACAAACCAUAUAAAUGCUUGGAGCGUGCAAAGAGCUUCCGUCAUAAUUGCACCCUUACUAAUCAUCAAAGAAUUCGUACAGGGGACAAACCUUAUAAAUGUUUGGAGUGUGCAAAGAGCUUCAGUUGGGGUAGCUCCCUUAGUAGUCAUCAAAAAACUCAUACAAAGAAUAAGACUUAAAAAUGCUUGCAGUGUGGAAAGAGUUUUAGUCAGAAUAGCAUUCUUCAGUCACAUUAUAUAGGGAAAGGCAUAUUAAAACUUUGAAUGUGGGAAAAGUUUUGUGCAGAGUUGCAAUCUCCCUGUGCAGAAAAAUCACACAGAGGAGAAGCCUUAAAACUGUCUGGAAUGUGAAAAGAGCUUCGGUUGGGAAUAUCAUCCUUAUAUUACAUCCAAGAAUUCACAGGAGGAAACAGCUUUAAUCAGAUUGACAUUCUUCAGUAAUAUCAGAGGAUCCUUAAAGGAGAAACACCAUAAAAUACUGAGAGACUGGAAAGAACAUCAGACUACUUUCGAUACUUGCAAAAACCUCCAAAUGAGAGAGAGGCAUAAUAGUUCACCCUGGUGGGAAACUUUGGCCAUUCACUUCUCCGAACACCUCUCCUACACAAUAGAUGCCUGUAGUAAAAAGGUAAAGGUGUCCGCACACUUGUAGUGCGAGUCAUUUCCGACUCUUAGGGUGACGUCUUGCGACGUUUACGAGGCAGACCGUAUAUAUGGGGUGGGCUUGCUAGUUCCUUCCCCGGCCUUUCUUUACCCCCCAGCAUAUGCCGGGUACUCAUUUUACCGACCACGGAUAGAUGGAAGGCUGAGUGGACCUCGACCCCUUUUACCGGAGAUUCGACUUCCUCCUUCCGUUGGAAUCGAACUCCGGCCGUAAGCAGAGCUUUCGGCUGUGUUACCGCCGCUUUACCACUCUGCGCCACGGAGGAUCUUAGAUGCCUGUAGUAGAUACCAGUAAAAGAAAUCAUUAGAAAUGUUUGAACAGUUAGGAAAGCUUCACUGAAGAUUGUUACUGAACUCAGUUUUGGGGGCAAAUCUGUGGAUGUGGUGAAGAUGAAGUGGAAUGAGGGAGCUAUGAGUGGAAUAGAAGAAAAACUUUGUCAAGAAAUUCUGGCUCGUGACUGAUGUAGCCCUGAAUGUCUGCCUUGAGUGUGAGAAGCAGAAAUGCUAACAGAGCCUUUGUCAAACUAACUGUAAAGAUAGAUAUGUUACUCCAUGCGACUUGUCAAAUUUUUAGUUUUCAAGUUUUUAAGUUUUUAUAUGCAUACGGUUCUUGUUUUAAUAGUUUUGCUUAUUCCCAGGUGAGCUUUAUAUUUCACCAUUUUAUUUUUCCAACCUUUUUUCUUCAUCUCUGUU